GCUCUGUUCACUGCUGCUUUGAGUAUGUUUUUGACCAUUAUGACAAACUUACUGGUGUAGGUAUGCCGCCACUGAAGAAGAAGAAGGCUGCUGCUGACAAGGGUGUACCUAUCACUGAUUUUUAUCGGGCGACCAGAUCAGGGAGGGUGCACCCGGAACCUGCUUGGUCCACCGAAUCUGUAAGCGGGGGGAGUGGACGUCGAACUGGAACCACAGUGAACGAGGACAAUCAGCGCACCGUCACUGUACAUCCAGACGAACCCAAUGGCAACGACGAUUCGGAGGCAGAAGCAUCCAAUCAUGACAAUGGAGAAGGUAGUAAUCCAACUGGAUUAGAACCACCCCCUACGACUAAAAAAAGGGAAUGUCCAAAGGGUAUGAGAUAAUGAAGAGAAUCGGAACUGGAGGAAAGAUAGAUGGAAUUACGUAAUGGAAAAUGGGCAGUCAUUCGUAGGGCCAAAUGAGAGCUUGCUGAAGACAGAGUUGGGCGUCGUAACACGCCUAAUGCCUCGAUAAGGAAGUACUACUUGUCCAAGUUGACUGAAGCAGACAAGCACCCGUUAUUCAAGAAGCUAGAGGUAAUUUCCCACUACUGCUAGUUUGAUGUGAAGCUAGUUGUUAUUCUUUUAGAUAAGUAUAAAAUGCAAGUUGUAUAUCUAUUUAGAUUAACUUGACAAACAACGGGAUUGAUGCGAAAGGAUUUGGUUAGAAAUGUGUGAUAAUAUGUUUGUAUAUGAACUAUAUCAUUGUUUUUUUCAUGUAGGAUGAAUUUGACAUAGACACAGCAGGUGAAGAUGCAAGGAAGAUUACGGAGAAGAGAAUGAAGAAGCGGUUCAUUAAUUACAAGUAUGCGAUGCAUGCUCACUACUUGAAAGACCCUGAGAAAUCCAGGACAGACCCUCAUGUUGACAUGAAUAUAGAGGACUGGCAUCUGCUGUGUGAUCACUUUGAGAGUGAAAAGUUUCGAGUGAGUAACUCCAACUGUUUCAUCAUCAAUUUCCUUUGUUACCUUGUCUUACAAUCAAAGGUUGCUUAUUAAUUAAAUUUGUCAUAUGCAGAAGCGAAGUGAAAUUAAUAAAGCAAACAAGAGUAAGCAAGUGCAUGCACACUUCUGGUGCAAAAUCUCUUGAUCAAAGAAUAUAUGAAUUGGUAAGAUGUCUACAAUUCCAUGGAACAUUUAUACGGUAUAGUUAUGUGAUUAAAAUCUGCCUCAAUGUAAUUGCUUUGUGUGGGAGAAGCAGAAGCAGCAGGAGCAAGAGCAGCCUACUGAUGAGGAGCAGCCAACAGAAAUGGAGGACGGUGAGACCGUAGAGGAGGAGCCAGUAGAUCUGCUUUUGUAUGCAAAGAGGUAUCGAAAGGCUAACGGUAGUUGGGUAUCAGAGGAACCUAUGAAAAACUAUGUGAGUCGACCAUCUCACUUGCCUUGUUUCAUUGUCAGAAGUUCAUAGCCAACCGUGUCACCUGUUUCAUUAACACUUUUUGUUCAAUGUGUAGCUGGAGAUGCAGUCCCUUUGGAUAGAAGCAAAGGCAGAGGUGAAGCCUGUAUCAGGCCGCGAGAUUGUUCAUACGGUCCUGAAGAAGAAGCUGAAGUAUGGACCCAAGGAGAACCCAAGAUCAGCAAAGGAGCAACAACUCCAAGGGGAAUUGGAGGCAGCAAGAGCUGAAAUAGAGAGAAAGGCUAAGGAGUUUGAGGAGAAGAUACAAAGUCAAGAAGAGUAGCUAAAAAGCCAGGCCGAGAAGAUACAACUCCAGGAAGAAAAGUUACAGAGCCAGGAGGAGAGGUUUGAGACUCAAGAAGAGGUGAUGAACCAAAUGAAAGCUGCCCAGGAAAAGUUACAACAUCAAGUGCUAGUGAUUGCUCGCCAACUACCCCACAAAUGAAUUGCCAAGUCCAAGGUAACAACACUGCCUCGGUUUGUAGACCCAGAUGAGACUGCAAGCUAUUUGUUGGUGUUAGAAGUAUGUUAGUUUAUGCUUUUGUGAACAAAGUUACCGUGGUUUGUGUACCAGUUUGCAACUAGGUUAGUUGUGAUUAAGCCGCUCAAACUCUGGUUUGAGGGAGAGACCUAGGCAACCACUAGUGACCGAGUUAGAGGAUCGAUCCCGUGAAAAAUCGACCUCCAGUGAAUCCAUCCCGUGACAAAUGGAUCACUAGUUUCUCCUCCUAGUGGUUCCCCUAGACUUGGUGAGUGGAUCGAUCCCAUGACAAAUCGAUCGCUAGUGAAUUGAUGCAGUGACAGAUUGAUCACUAGUUGCUUAGCGGUUCACAACCGCCUAUGUCACACGACUCCAUUCAAUCCAAUGAUUCACGGUAGCUAGUUAGGGGGAAGCAACUCCUGGGUGAAGCUCCCUUAGUUAGAUUUUUCCUUUAUUUACCUUUCUUUGCUUGGUUAGUUUGUAGUUCCAAUAAACCUAAACCCUAAAGUUGCUUGCUAGAUAACAACUUAAGCGAUCGAAGUAGGGGUACAUGGACCGGCCCAGGUUGACAAUUUAAAUACUUGCUCUAUACUGCACCUGGCUAGAGUUUAAAAACUUGGGCUCUAGUCGGGAUUAAUUUGUGGUGUAGUUUCGUGCGAGUCAAUUGGUAUUACUUUUUAAAACUAUUAAUGCAACGAUAUUGUUAUGCAAACUGUAAGUGACCAGUUUUUUGAAAGUUUUAGUUUGGUUAAUCGUUAAAUCCUAAAUUUCUUGAUAAUAUAACAUGAUUGGAAAAAUGGGCGAGUUUAAAAGAACACAAUUUAUGAAUACCAAUUUGUAUAGAUGAUUUCAAUAGAGUAAUUGACUAGAUGUAUCAUUUAUAGUUACUUAGUGUAGUAUGAAAUAACACAGUACAAGACAAAUCAUGAAAGUCUUGUUGGAGUUUUCACGGACGAGUUGACGGGGCAUGUGCAUUAGUAAGGUAGGUACCACAAGAUAUGUUUUCAUUUUUGUUGAGUGAAUGAGAUUGUCCUUCAACUAAAUUUAGAGUAUCUUGGUUGAUAAUUAAUUUUUUCAUUGCAUAGAGUAUGGAUGGAAAAUGUUAUUUUCUUGCUAAUUUUGUUAUUGUAUUGUACAGAAUACUUUAAGGUUUAGAUAUUGCUAUAUAUGUUUGUAUAGAGAGUGUUACGAGAGUGUCUUCAGAUCCUUAGCUCUUUGUCUGUUUGUAUAGAGUUUAGGGCGGUACCUAGAUCCGCCAACAGUGCUGCCCAUAGAGUGGCGCGUAAAGCACUGCUUUUGUCUCGUGUAGAGCUAGAAUCUUUUGAUUUUUUUUUGGUGGCUUCUUUAGAGUCUCUUAGGGGUCCUGGGUAGAAUUGUAAGCUUAACUAUUAUUUUCCAUUGAUAUCACUCAGAAAUAAAAAAAAGAUAUUGCUAUAUAUGUAUUGUUCAAGCAAAAGAAAUAAAUAUUCAGUAAAGGUUAUCAUCAUGGGUUUCCUAUUUAUGCUACGAUUUUUCAGACAAACUCUUUUUUUGUUAUGUCAAAUUUUUUUUUUCAACCAUAAGCAACUAAGUAACUACAUCAUUAAAUAUACAAGUUAUGAAUAGUUAUUCACAAGUGUUAUAACCAAGGUUGUGACACCUCUACCAGGCGACUGGUUGGACUAGGUACGACCAAAGUCGUGCUCCAAAACAGGCUCUACAAAAUCAAGGGUCUGAUCAUUAGAGAGGGAGAAGAAGAGAGAGGCAAG